AUGAAUUCUUGUUGUUGUUCACUUACCUGCACUAGAGAUGGAACAAGCGACGCCCUUGCUCUACAUGAGGAUGAUAUUAGUCUUGCUAUGGGCAUCCAAGGAACUGAAGUUGCAAAAGAAAGUAGUGAUAUCGUUAUCUUGGAAGACAAUUUCGCUUCCAUUGAUAUCGUGCUAGUAGCACAAAGUGAGUUGAAAUGGAAGCAGUUGAGUGAAUUAGCAAUGUCUACUGGACUAUUGGAAAUGGCUAAAUUGCAAUGUAGCUACAAGACCAUCUAAUAAAGCAAGGUUGGUGUAAUAGUUGAUGACGAUAACAUUGUUCCAAGACCUUCAGUCAGUUAUGAUGAUGUCACUUAAUAGCAAUGUAGUAUUAGGUUAUAUAGUUAGGGAUGAUUAUUUGUAUUUGACAUGUUAGUGCAAUG